AUGAAGCCAGCUAGUGCUCUCGUGCUCCUGGGCACUGCCCUCCUCCUGAUCUGGGAUGCAAAUUGUAAUAUUUGCCCAGCUGUGCAAGAGGAUGUUGACUUAUUUAUGAAGGGAAACUCUGAAAAAUACGUUGCAUACGUUGCAAAAUACCAAAGUAACCCUUUGGUACUGGAAAAUGCUAAAACACUAAAGAAAUGUGUUGACGAAAAACUGACUGAAGAGGAUAAGGACCUGGUGCUCCAAGGGCUGGAUAAAGUAUACAAAAGCUCUCUGUGUUGAGGGAUCCAUCUUUUCCAGGAGACCCAAGGAAGCCACUUGCCUGAUCACCAUGUAGUACCCAAAACCCACCAUGUCCAGGUGCCUGACUAAAAGAUUCC